AAUGUUCACAUCUGUACCCAAACGUUUCCGUUCACUCGAAUGUAUAGAUAUUUAUUCGCUCGUCGACUUUGAACGUAUUGCAAAUAAAAAUUUGAUAGAAUUUCUUGAACCGUUGGCAAAAAUGGGAGCAGCUCACAUUGAAAGUUGUGAACAUUGUCGUCAACAAGCAUUUUUCUGUCAAAUUUGUAUGGACCCAAAAGAUUUACUUUUUCCUUUUCAACUGGAACGUUGUUAUAGAUGUGACAGUUGUGGUUCACUCAGUCACAAAAAAUGUCACCGAAUGGCUUCAAAACGUUUAUCUUCUUCGUCUUAUGAUCCAGAAUUGGACAUUCCGUGUGAAAAAUGUGAACGGAUUCGACAGAAAAAGCUCAAAUUGCAAAGAACAACAACACCAACUCGAGAACAGAAAUAAAAAAAGAAAGGAUUGCGGCGAAUACUUCAU